UUUUACAGGAUCUGUUUACAAAAUGCAUGGACUCCAGUGGUGGUUAUGGCUGCUAUUCGUAGCUUGGAUGUUUGUGGCGGUAGCAGCUGAGGGCAGACGGAAGACGAAACGGGAGAACUACUCCGUCAGUGCUCCCUCGGAGGAAGAGACCAACUACGAUGAUGAUUAUGAGGAGCUGGAACCCUGCCAGUGUGGAGUGUUCCUGUCCCAGCAAGUCGGUAUCAAGGAGAACAAUCGCCGCAGUCGGCCACGCGGCCCCCCACAAGGGGAGCCUGUGGUCACCUAUGAUACAGACUCGCCCAGCAUGCCGUGCGGUGUCGGGGGCUUUAAGAACUGCGUCAGCAGGUGUCUUGAUGUGAUCCUGAAAUACCUGCCACGAGCCGGGCCUGUCAUCUGCGGGGCGGUGGAACGCGACGUUCACAGAGAAAAGGCGUUCCUCUUCAUAAAGAACUGUGGUGGGGAGUGGACGCCCACCAGCUUCUCAGCAGGCAAGGAGUUCUGUUGCACGGACGGAGAGCAUCACAAGUGCUGAGGAGCCAUAACGAUGUAACCUAUUCAUGACAUGUGUAGUACAAAAAGGCGGGCGAUUGAUUGAUUCAAAAUGAUGCCAUUUAUCUAAUUGAGCAACUGCUUAGGUUUAAAUCCUCUUAGGAUACACACCUACACCUUCGUAUUCAAACACUCUCAUACAUUAUGUAGCUUGUUCAUAGUAAUUUUAAGUACAAAUAAGUUUCAACAAGUGACUGCACGGUUGAUAUAGUGUCGCGCUCCGUAUUGUUGGUUCGAUUCCCACGUUGAUGCGUGUUAUACUAUAGGUAGACUUGUAUGCUGUAGCUAUGCGAAUAUUUCACCGCAACAAAGGGACAUAAGUAAACAUCUCACAGCUUUAAAGAAUGAUGCGUCUAUCUUGAAUUUCAUCGACAACUUGCGUUUAUGUUAGUACGUGAAGAACGUGACAUUACGAGCAUAAGGAGUGAUUUGCCAGCAUAUACAUGUGGCGACUGUUAUUAGGUGCCCUUGUAGAAAAUAGAAAUCUCAUGGUCCUAAGGCAAGCAUUGUAAUUAUGUAGUAAAUAAGUAUGGUCCUGCAAUGAGUUUAUACUUAUCAUAUCACAUCACAUCACCAUACGUUCAGUUCAAUUACAAACGCAAGUACCUACGUUACAAUGUAAGAAAUGUAGUGAAUAUUGCCAAUUUAUUAUCGAUAGGUCUCGAGUCUUGAUAGAUGGUGGAGUCGCUCAUCAAGUCAAUUUGUCAAAGCAUAUAUUACGAGCUGUGAAGUGUGAGCAGUAGGUAUCUAGACAUCAUUUACUCAGGAUCAAAGUCGAGCGUGUUUAUUGUUUCCUAUUGUGCAUACAUACAUAUAAGUAAACUAUGUACAUAUCUAUAUGUAGCUAGUGUAGUUCUAGUAGUAUAAUAUUGAUGUACCUACAUGGGUGUUUUAAAGGAAGUUACAGAAUAGGUAACCUUUUAUUAAGUUAUGUUUUAUUUAUUUAUUCUGGAAUCUUAGGUAUAUUAGCAAAGUAAUUAAUUAUGGUAGAAUUCCAAAUAUAAGUUAUUCUUAGUAGUUAUCUAAGCAAUAUAAUAAUAGUUCGACAUACAACCCUGUACCUAUAUCUUGAUAACUGUAAGAAAGUGCGCUCAUCACAUUAGUUAAUGUCUAAUUAAUAGUUGUAAUUAAUUUCAAUAAAACCUAGCUAUUCAUUAGUAAACGACGUGGUUACGUAAUUAUAACUUAAUGCGUCUACUUUUGUUCAAUUUGUAACCUGUUUUAAUAAUGCGUAUGCCGCAGUAAUUUGAUUUACUUACAAUUAUUAUUAAUUAACAAUGAAACGUUAUUGUUAACAUUAUGUUAGGUAUGUAAGUACACUGUAGAUGUAAGUCUUGUAAUAUAUUAUUAAAUAAUUAAAUUGA